AUGUUGAUGGCUUUGAAAGGCCGCAGGCUCAUCCUGAUAGCUGCCUUCGUCAUUGUUUCCGCGCUCCUCAUCUUCUCCCAGUCCCUCUACCCGGAGAACCUGAGCUGGUCCGAAAUCUCAGCUUCUCUUCCCACCGGAAGCAAAUCCUCCGCGCCAACGACCAAGGGAGCCAAACCCGUCUCCCCAGGCACCGGCCGAUUCCAUUUCCUGAUCGCCGCCAGCGCCCCGAACCUUCAGUUCUGCCGCGCCCUGGUUUCAUCGACCGUCAACCGCUUCGGUGCGCCAGUAAUUGCAGGAUGGAAUGGCACCGGUGAGAACGACGCUGCCCAAUCCCACUUGGCAAAGAUUCGCGUCGUCACCAAGUACCUCGAGGACCUGCCUGAAUCCAGCAACGAUGAUCUGUUCAUGAUGAUUGACGGCUAUGACGUCCUCCUCCAAUUUGGCCCCGAUGUCCUGAUUGAGAGAUAUUUCAAGGCCGCAGCCAAGGAAGACGAGCGCAUCAUCCAGCAACUGGGACCUGAAAGGGCCCAGAGUCUGGCUGGUCCCUUGGGCCGACACGUCUUCUUCGGCGCCGACAAGGUCUGCUGGCCCGUGGACUGGCGGCGUCCCGCGUGCUGGGCGGUUCCCCCGGUGCCGAAUAUGGAUGCCCGCGAGUUCGGCCCCCUCACGAAUUCCGGCGAAGACAUGGCCUUCAACCAUCCCCGAUGGCUGAAUAGCGGCACUGUUAUGGGCCCUAUCAACGAGGUCCGCGAGAUGUUCCGAGCUACCCUCGACCUGAUCAACGAGGUGUACGACCCUGAAUACGAGUUCAGGGAAAGCGACCAGUUUUACAUGAGCGAUGUCUGGGGUCUGCAGGAGCUUGAGAGAAUCCAGAUGCAAAAGGAGGAAAACCCUGAUACCACCGUUAUGCAACCUCCAGAAGACGGUUGGGUUCCUCAGCUGGAGCCUGCGUACAGUUACAACUUCCACAUCGCCAUGGACUAUUGGAGUCUGAUGUUCCAGACUUGGGCUGGCUAUGGCGAGUGGGUAGACUGGCGCAAAUUCGCCGGCCCCCUGUACUCUGUCGAGAUAUCAAAAAACUACCGCAAUAGCUCUAGUUUCGUACCUUGGAGCUUGCACAUGCAGGCGGACGGUAUGAAGUCGCUCAAGCGCAUCUUCAACACAACAGAAGACGAGACCAUGGGCGCGACGGUGAACGAGCUGAUCCGCAAGUCCGAGUUUGGCGCCAACAUUGUGACCAAGCAGACCUUCCCGCUGCUACACGUCACCGGAGAGAAGGGAGCCUUGGACAUGUUCUGGCCUCGCAUGUGGUUCUUUCCCUACGGCCGCUCCCUGAUCCGUUCCGCUAUCAAUUGGUUCCAUCAGGAGGAGCACUACGCGCCUGAGCUGAUUGACGGCCGAGUGUGGUACCCCGCACACCCAUACCCCAAGGACAUUCGGGAGAACGAUGGCGGCGCCUGGUCAGAUACUGCCAACGACAACGGGACUGUGUAUUGGCUUGGAUUCGACCAGCUGUGCGCAGAACACCACGGCAUUCUGUUUGGGGAAGAUUGA